AUGCCAUUUUUGGUUCAUUCUUCUUGCACAGGUUUUAAUAGGUUACAUUUAUGUCAAUGUCCAUUUUCAACCUUUGCGUUUAUCUGUACCCGACUCCACCAUAAGCACUUUCCUCUCUAUAUCUAUAUAACUCACUACUCUAAAAAAGGCCAAAUCUUACUCCUUCUUUUAUUCUUUCCUUUUUUCUUGUUUCCUUCUUUCCUUCCUUUGCUUUUUAAAUUUCCUUUUUCUUUUUUCUCUUUCUUUUUACACACAUCUUUCUUUCUUUCUUUCUUUCUUUCUUUCUUUUUAUCAGUGUUUUCUGUUUCUUUUAUCAUAACUUGUUUUUGUCUCACUUCCUCCUUUCUUUCUCUUUUUACUGUCUCCCUCUUUCUUUCUCUAAAUUCGCCCAUAUCUCUCAGUCAUUUUCCGUAUUAUUCUUUCUCUCUCUCUCUCUCUCUCUCUCUCUCUCUCUCUCUCUCUCUCUCUCUCUCUCUAAACGCAUACACCUACACGCACAUAAACACACACUUUCUAUCUACCGUCUUAUUCACUUUUUCCUUCUUCCUUUUUUUUUCACACUUUCACUCUCUUAUUUUUUCAUGCCUCCUACUUUCUCUCUCUCUCUCUCUCUCUCUUUGUUCUUUCUCUCUCACACAUACACACACUCACACUCUUAAUAUCUAUCUCUGUGUCCCCGUUUUUUCUAUUACCAUCUCUCUCUUUUUCUCUUUGUCUCUGUCUGUCUGCCUCUCUCUCUCUCUCUCUCUCUCUCUCUCUCUCUCUCUCUCUCUCUCUCUAAACGCAUACACCUACACGCACAUAAACACACACUUUCUAUCUACCGGUUACUCUUUUGUCUUCCUGUCGAUAUCGACCUUUUUUAGUCUUAUUCACUUUUUCCUUCUUCCUUUUUUUAUUCACACUUUCACUCUCUUAUUUUUCAUGCCUCCUACUUUCUCUCUCUCUCUCUCUCUCUCUCUCUCUUGUUCUUUCUCUCUCACACAUACACACACUCACACUCUUACGAUAUCACUCUCCGUGUCCCCCUUUUUUCUAUUACCAUCUCUCUCUGUUUCUCUGUCUAUCUCUCUCUCUCUCUCUCUCUCUCCUUUCUUAUUACUUUUCUAUCCUUAUCUCCCCUUGUUAUUUUUCCAAUUGUCUCGUAUACUUUCGUUGCCAUGUUACCCUCGAUCCAAUGUGAUCUCUUUCUUUCUUUUUUCUUUUCUUUUUUCUUUGCCUUGCUCUUUUCUGUUCCAAAUUAUCUGCACUUUGCUUCUUUCUUUCAUCACCUUCUCUCCAAAUGCAUCUCUUAAUUUCUUUCUUUCUUUUUCCUUUAUGUUACUUUGUCUUGAUACAUGA